AUGUCUGGGACAACGGGCGAGGUCCACGGCAAGGCUCGCCCGGGUCCUAAGGCCUCCUCAUGCGGCCACUGCCGAGCGGCUAAAUUACGGUGCGAUCGAGGUGACCCCUGUUUGCACUGCAGUCGAAAGAACCUGUUGUGUACAUACGAAGAGGACCUGUCUCCCACUGCGAAACCAAAGGUGGCGUACGGCCGAAAGAGGAGCGAGACAGAGACGAGAGGUGAUACAGAGGGACGAAGGAAGCAUGUAGAGCAAACACAAGAUCCACCGGAUCUCAUUAUUGAGGAGCUGCGAGAGCGGAUCAAGCACCUGGAGCUUCGACUUGCCCGGUCGGAGGCUGCGCACCAUCAGAAUGCGAACGCAAAGCGUGUAUCAUUAGCCGACAGCUUGGGCGGUGACAACAGAAACAGCGCGGAAAGUGCCGCCACGACGGUCAAGAUGUCGUAUCCUGUUCGGAAUUUCUCGCAUCCUGCCUUUGAUUCCCGCAGUUUCACGGCUUCGGCCUCGGCGUCGCUCGCGGUCUUGGACAAUCAACGUGAAUUGACAAGGGAGCCCGAAAAGGUGGCUAGGCGACCGGAUCCAAUCCUCGAGCUCAUUUGGCCCGGCUGGCCCCUUGAGCUGCCCGAGCCAAGCGUCGUGGUCACCAUGUGCGAGCUGUUCUUUGCGAGAUCACCCAUGCGAGGCGCAAUUCACAAACCAUCUUUCAUGUACGGGCUCCUGCUACCUAUCAACUCCCUCGAUCGACCUCACCAAUGUCUCAUCCACGCCAUCCUCUCGGCAGCCGCUCCGCUCUCGCCUUACUUUCGUCAGACGGGUCAGAAGCAUGCGGGUGCCGUACUUCCCAGCCUUGGCGACCUGAGGACGAGACAGGCACCCGAUGACCGGCACCUUGACUUUGCCGAAUUCCAUAUGGCUUGGGCCAGACUGCAUGCAGAGCGUGCCGUAAUCGUCUACCCGCGCAACCCCCUCGACUGGUGCCAGACGGUGCUCCUGCUCUGUGUCGCCCUGAUGGGCAUGAAUCGGCUCAAAGAAAUGCUUCUGUACAGCUCGUACACGUGCCGCUUUCUGUCGCCGUGCGGACUGGACAAGAUUCUGCCUUUUGGCCAUCCCGAAACGCACAGAAUGCUUCCGGGCAUCCUUGGUCAUGUUCACUCGACAGCCGAUGAGGACGAGAGGCGCAAAGUGUUCUGGUACGUCUACAUCAACGAUGUCUACACCAGCGGACCUGUGCACAUGUGGGAGGCGAACCUGUCCGACGAUCAGGUCCUCACUUGCCUGCCAAUCUUACGACACGGCGAUGGGUCGACUCAAGGUGGACAGAUGCUCGACGAGGAAGGCCUCUUCAUCUUGGGUCCUCGAGACGCCUUCACACUGGAAAUCAAGUCUGCCGUGUUGAUCAAGCGAGUUCAGCUACUCUUGACGCGCAACCGUAUCCAUCUUGGUCACGCCCUCGAGCGUCCCUCUGGCUUCUGGGAGCUUGACCGGGCCAUCACGUCGUUCCUCUCGACGUUUCCAAGGAUCAUAUCGCUGGACGAAGAGAUCUCCUUUGGCCUUGUAUCGGCAUAUAGCAACGCGAACGUGGCGCUCCUCUACCUGCAUGAGCACUUCAACUCGACACCGCCAUCGCAACUCGACGAGUCACAGCUGCCUCGCUCAGUCAAGCAGAUGCUGUACGCCAUCGAUAACAUUGUCGAAGUGGUCAACGGUUUGCUCUCGACAUCGGUGGAUCUGGUAUCGUGCCACCCGCACAACCACGUCUGCUGGUCCGUCGCCGCUCGCUUGAUCGCCCGCCAGAUCGACUGGUGUAGGGUCCUCGGUCAAGAACAGCGGUGUCCGGAUCUCUAUCUCAAAUUCGACUCGAUCGUCGAGCUCCUGAACAGGGCUGCACCCAAGUCGCUGAGAGCGAGAAAGUUCGUCGAACAGCUCCUUCGCGUGCGAGCCGGCGUCCUCUCCGAGUCCAUCCUCUUCUUCCUGGCCGACACCAUUGUACCGGACUAA